AUGGCGUCCAGUUCAACCCCAGUGGAGAAUCUGCUGUCAUUGAAUCUCCUUGACGAUACGACAUACCAACCUGAGGCACCCGCGGGCUAUGAUUCUUCGUUCAAGUUAGCCUCACGCAAUGUCGAUAGUAGGACGACCGACUAUAAAGACAACGAGUACUGCGUCACUACGUUUCCACAGCCCGAUACGGAGGAGCUCCGGAAAGACGGUCAUGCAGAGGUUAUGUGCACUGGUUGGUUCAAGCGCAAAGUGAUGUCGACACCGGGCUUUCCAUCACCAAUGGUCCACCCGCCGAAGAUAACUUAUGAGAUACGCGAGAUGGAGGGUCGCGUCGGAUAUGGGAUGUUUGCCACAGAGGAUAUCGCGCCGGGAGACCUGGUCGUCGCUGAGCGGCCGCUGUUAGUGAAUGCAAUUUGGAGCCUAGGCAAUCCUCAAGCAAGGAUCAUAAGCAAAGAGCAACAGCUGAGAGGGAUGUAUGCGGACAUGGAGAAGAAUAUGGAACUGAUCUGUUCGCGUAUGUCGCCGGAAACUCUGGAGAAGUACAAGUCACUCCACAACAGUCAUAAAUCAGAGGGAUCUGGACCCCUUACGGGCAUCGGACGCACCAACGGGUUUGAUGUAGGCGUUGAAGAUCUUCAGGCGUCGAAGCUUGUUGGCCAGGGAAGGGCACGCUAUUCGGCCAUCGGUGCUAUAUCCUCAAGAAUCAACCACAGCUGCUCUCCCAAUGUUGUACACAGCUUCAACAUACCAUCUUUCGCUAUGGAGAUCCACGCUGUUCGACGUAUCGCAAAAGGGGAGGAGAUCACCGUGACCUAUGCCUUACUCAACGACAACGCGGCAGAUCGCCAAACCACGCUCAAUCCCUAUAAGUUCACUUGCGCCUGUCCGGCGUGCAAGGAUUCCAAAACGUCAGACCAGUUGCGCAAGACGGCAAUCAGCGGCCUCCUCCCCAAGUCGUCUCAGGGUGUUGAACGAGCGGAUGCCGCCUUGCGCGCGUUCGAGGCUACCGGUUUGCAGAGUCACCCACGAUACCACGAACUUCUGAUGCGCGUGGCAAAGAUUCAUCGCAAGAAGGGUAGCAAGGAGCGUGCGGACGAACUCGAGUCGCUGGCAGAGAGAGUGACAAGGGGUUCAAGGCGCAACCGUACCGGCGCGGGCACAUCGUCAGAGCCGACACCUCCCGCCGAAACACACGUUAUCACGUCUCCGGAGGACAUGAUCAAACUCAUGAACUCCGUCGUGGCGCGCGUUAACCCCGGCGACCGCGCACGCAUCAUGCAGGACCUCAUGCGGAGCUUUCAGUUGGGCAACCGUGACGAGGGGGCCAAUGCCAGUGGACAGUGA